GUUCCGACAAGUUAUUAUCUAAUCCAAGUGUUAAAAUGAGUGGUUUAUUUGAUGUUGACGACAUUUUAUCCGAUCACGAAGAAUGGCUGAAACUCGACGAAGAGUGGGGUAAACCAAUAGACCUCGAUACAGAAGAUGAACAAGCUCCAUUUCUCAAAACAAUGUUCAGUACCUUAGACUUGAAGAGGACAACAUUUGACUCGUCAUUCCUCUUCAAAAAGGUCAGAAGAAAAAUCGGCAGACAGUUAUCAAAGCGAUCGACAAAUUCAUACUUAGAUUACAAAGACUUUUUAAAUGAUUUGCAGAAUAAUGCAUCUCGAGAAUCGACGAAGCAAUUUUACUUUGUAAACGGACAGAUAAUGUCCGCGGUCUCGGUUGAAGAGAUAUGCGAUAAAAUUGACAAUUAUUUCAAAUCUAUUGAGAAGUUGACAGUGACGAGUACAAUUAAGAAGACAAAUGUACCUGAAGUGGUCAAAUGCAGUAUGUCAAGUGGAGAUUUCUCUUUCGAUGAUACUGUGGUCGGCAUUUCGAGUACAGAACGUGACAGCGAUAUAAACAGAUUCAUAGACCAGGCAUUUAACGAUUUUAAUUCUUCAAUCGCAUCGAUGGAAGAGGUUGAUGAUAUGACGAGAGAAUCUGUUACUACGUUAGUGAGAAAAUUUAGUAGUGUUUUGAAGAGUCCUUCUGUUAACUGCAGUCCAAGGCGACGGCGGCAGUGCUGUGAGAAGUUCAGAGAUUUAGCAGACUUCUGGAAGAAACGAACACUGGAUCAUAAUUGAUUUUAUUUCUUUUAUUUAAAAGGUACAAU